CCUCCCGAUUCAUCCAUCCAUCCACGACUGGAAAAAAAAGAAAUCUCCGCGUCUCUUCAAACCUCGAUCCUUUUCUGUUCCUUCAUUGCUAAGCCAUUAGGGUUUCCGAGUCGACAGCCAUGUCGGUAAGGACGGUCAAGGUCAGCAAUGUUUCCUUAAGUGCAUCUGAACAAGAUAUCAAGGAAUUCUUUUCCUUUUCCGGUAACGUUGAAUAUGUUGAAAUACAAAGUGGUGAUGAGUGGUCUCAGGUUGCUUAUGUCACCUUUAAAGAACCACAAGGAGUAGAGACUGCAGUUCUUCUUUCGGGUGCAACAAUAGUUGAUAUGUCGGUCAUCAUUACUCCGGCUGCAGAGUACCAACUGCCUGCUGCUGCCUCAGCUUCACCUGUGCCAAAAGAUGCUAAUGCUGUUGAUGGUGCUGAAUCUGCUGUUCGAAAGGCUGAAGACGUUGUCAGCACCAUGCUCGCCAAAGGCUUCAUCUUAGGCAAAGAUGCUCUGAACAAAGCAAAGGCUUUUGAUGAGAAACACCAGGUCACAUCUACAGCGAGUGCCAAAGUCUCGUCCCUUGACAAGAAGAUUGGGCUGAGCGAGAAAAUCAGCAUGGGAACUGCUGCCGUCAGUGAAAAGGUCAGGGAAAUGGAUCAGAAAUUUCAGGUCUCUGAGAAGACAAAGUCGGCCUUUGCCGCUGCUGAGCAGAAGGUCAGCACUGCUGGGUCAGCCAUCAUGAAGAACAGGUAUGUUUUCACCGGGGCAUCAUGGGUGACUGGUGCCUUCAACAGGGUAGCCAAGGCUGCAAGUGAUGUGGGAUCGAAGACGAAGGAGAAAGUUGCUGCUGAGCAGGAACACGAGGGUUUGGAGAAUGACUUUGCGAAGGUUCAUCUCUCUGAGACUCCCACAGCUGCAUCAGGCGACCAUUCUAACAAGCCUGCACCUGCCCAAGGAUUGAUCCUAUGAAAUUUUGUGCUUAAUGGAAAAUGACAUGGUUUGUGAAUUCAGUUCCUAGCAGUGAACAUAGAAUCGGUAUUCGAGUUGGAUAAUGUUGUUAAGAGCUCUUUGCUAUCAUUGUCAGGUCGAAGACAUGUUCAAGUGUUUAGGUAUAAAAUUUGUUUAUAAACAGAUUGGAAUGCACCUCUAUUGACCUCAUACCCUUAUCAUGGAUUGUCCUAGGCUACAAAAUUUGUUUAAUUAGACGAAGUUUGUUCAUCCUUA